GUGAGGGGGUGAGUGAGUGAGUGAGUGGGAGCGGGGUGAGGGGGUCACUACUGGAUGCGCUGAGCCGGGGGGGUCUCAUGAGGAGCCGAGUGAGUCCCCGUGCUGGGGGGGGGCGCCAGGCCCUAUGGCCGCUCCACCUCCUCCACCACCUCCUCCACCACCUCCACCUCCUGCUCCCCCCGCUGCUGCUGCUGCUGCUUGGCGUGUCGGCGGGCUCCGCCACGGAGCUCACGUUCGAGCUGCCCGACAACGCGAGGCAGUGCUUCUACCAGCACGUGGCGGCGGGGGCCCGCGCCUCGCUCGAGUACCAGGUGAUCACGGGGGGCCACUACGACGUGGACUGCCGUCUGGAGGACCCCGAGGGCGGCGUGCUCUACACGGAGACGCGCAAGCAGCACGACAGCUUCGCGUGGACGAGCGAGCGCGGCGGCCUCCACAGCUUCUGCUUCUCCAACGAGUUCUCGACCUUCUCGCACAAGACGGUCUACUUUGAGCUGCAGGUCGGGGACGAGGCCCCGCUCGUGCCCGAGAUGGGCCGCCGCGUCACGGCGCUCACCCAGAUGGAGUCAUCGUGCGUGAGCAUCCACGAGGGCCUGCGUGCGACGCUGGACUACCAGACGCACCACCGGCUGCGCGAGAGCCAGGGCCGCGCGCGUGCCGAGGAGCUGCGCACGCGCGUGGCGCUCUGGUCGCUGGGCGAGACGGCGCUGCUGCUGCUCGUGGGCGCCGGGCAGGUGCUGCUGCUGCGCGGAUUCUUCAGCGAGGACCGCCGGGCCCAGACGGGGUUGUAGCCCGCCCGUCCGCGUGUCCGUGUGUCCGUGUGUCUGCGCGUCCCCGUGGUUUGCGUGUCUGCGUGUCUGUGUGCCGGUGUGCCAGCGCGUGUUGUUCUUGUACGUGCGCGUCUGCUUCACGUAGCUGCUAAGUGCGUUGCUGUGUGCGUACGUGUGUGCUUAUGUCGAUGUGUGUGUGUGCGUGCGUACGUGUGGGCUUAUGUCGAUAUGUGUGUGUGUGCGUGCGCCUACGUGCACGUCUUUGUUGUACUCUUGGGGAGCGGUGGUGUAGCGGUUGGCGCUACGCUGCGCUACGAACCCGAGGACCCGAGUUCGAUUCCUGCUCACGGUCAACGCCGGUGACGAUUAUCUGAACCGGUCUUGGGCCUCCCGUAGGUCGACUCAGCCUCAAAUGAGUACCCGGUACGGUGCUUAAAAAUCGCCACUGGGGAGACAAAGGCGGCCGGGCGUGGUGCUGGCCACCCACCCCCUCGUGUGCCGAGCCGGCCUUCACAGGUGCUCGCUAACAGCACUUGCCCCUCCACUCUGUUGAAGGCUACACGGGGGACGCUUGCCUUUUGUGUCGUACUAUUGGCCACCCUCAUUAGCUUUGCCUCGGCCACCUUGCCGUGCCCCCAAGCGUUCCGUGCCCUCUCCGCCACGGCCGCCUCGCCGUACCUGGACACCCUUGGCCACCCCUGAUGGACGCCUCAGCCCCCUUCUCCCCACCGCUGACGUUGUACUUCUGCUGACGGUUUCGGAGCGGGGCUCGGUGUCUCUCGGCGCGGGGUGAGGCACGUGGGGUGAGGAGCACGGGGUGAGGAGCGUGGGGUGAGGCGCGCUGGGUGAGGCGCGCAGGGGGUAUGAACGCCGAUCCGUACCGAUCCGUGCCACCUCUGCCCCUCGCCCUGCGUUCUCUGGCUCAUCCUGUAGCACCUCGUGACCGCCACGCACUCUGAAUAUCAUUCCCGGGUAUUUUUUGACUUUAUUAUUAUUCGUCGUAGUAUUAUUAUUUGUGAGUCGUGUGACGAUUGCGAGGUGCCGGAGGCGCUAUUGAACGCGUCUUGAGUGUAAGCGUCCGCGUUUGCUGCGGCCGCGUUUGCUGCAGCCACGUGAAUAAACGGAGUCACUGCGGCGGCGGUGGCGGAGCGAGG